AUGGAUCAAAAUCAUCUAAAAUUAAACUUUAGUUAGUUCAUUGUAGAAAAGCUAAAUUCUUACACCGAUGAUUAUAAAUAAGGAGUAAUUCGAAAAAUUAAAAAAUAGGGUGUAUUGGGUGUUUUAGCAUUUUCAUAAGUUAGAAAAGUUAUACAUCGUAAGACAAGAGCGAUUAGAGCAAUGAAAGUAGGAUUUAUAAAAGUUUAUAGGUAAUAAGCAAAUCGAGAUUAUCAACGAAUUAUAAUAAAAGUUUAUAAACGAAAUCAAUGUUUAUAAGUAAUUAAACAUCCACAUAUAUUAAAACUAUAUGAAUUUAUUAAUAUGAGAAAAACUAUUACAUAAUCAUAGAAUUAUGUACAGGGUAUACUAUCCAAAAUCAUUUAGUGGUGAAUUAUUUGACAAGAUAAUAGAGAAAGGUAGUGUUUCAGAGAAGGAAGCAAGUUAAAUUUUGAAAUAAAUAAUGUCAGCUAUCUUAAUGCUUAAAUUAGAAACCAGAAAAUGUUUUAUAAUAUAAUAUAAUAUGUUUAUAAUAUAUAUAAUUUUUAAUCAAUCUGUAUUAGAUAUUGUAAGUUAAGGAAAUGACAAUAUUAAAGUUUUUUGAUCGGGGAACAGCAAAAAUCUUUUCACCCAACUAAUAAAUUAAUGAAAAAUUUGGGACACUUUAUUAUAUGGCUCCAGAAGUUUUAAAACUCAAUUAUAAUGAAAAAUGCGAUAUUUGGUAAUGUGGAGUAAUAUUAUAUAUUCUUUUAUUUGGAGUACCUCCAUAUAAUGGUAGAACAGAUGCAGAGAUUUAGAAGAAUAUUUUGAAUGGGAUAUAUAUUAGAUGUAAAAUAUAUGAUUAAAUAUAUAUAUAGGGUGAAGUUUUGGAUACAGUUA